CUGCUCGGGCAGCUCCUGGCUGUAGCCGAGCCGCAGAAAGUGGGACCUCGAGGACCCCCUGGCCCUCAGGGCCCCCCAGGAAAGCCAGGCAAGGAUGGCAUUGAUGGAGAAGUUGGCCCUCCAGGUCUGCCUGGACCCCUGGGACCCAAGGGCCCCCCGGGGAAGGCCGGGAAACCAGGAGAAGCUGGACUGCCGGGGUUGCCUGGUGUGGACGGUCUGACAGGGCAGGAUGGACCCCCUGGACCCAAAGGUGCUCCUGGAGAUCGGGGAAGCCUGGGCCCUCCAGGGCCUCCCGGACUUGGGGGCAAAGGCCUCCCUGGACCCCCUGGAGAGGCCGGAGUGAGCGGCCUCCCAGGUGGAAUUGGCCUCCGAGGCCCCCCGGGUCCCUCUGGACUCCCAGGCUCUCCAGGCCCCCCAGGCCCUCCUGGACCCCCUGGACACCCAGGGGUCCUCCCUGAAGGUGCUACAGACCUGCAGUGUCCUGCCAUCUGCCCACCAGGCCCGCCCGGCCCCCCAGGAAUGCCAGGAUUCAAGGGACCCACGGGAUACAAAGGGGAACAAGGAGAAGUCGGCAAGGCUGGUGAGAAGGGAGACCCUGGCCCCCCUGGGCCCGCUGGCAUCCCAGGCACCGUGGGGUUGCAGGGUCCCCGGGGACUGCGAGGACUGCCAGGGCCACUCGGGCCCCCUGGGGACCGCGGUCCCAUUGGGUUCCGAGGCCCCCCCGGGGCCCCAGGAGCACCUGGGAAGGUGGGCGACCGAGGCGAGAGGGGCCCAGAGGGCUUCCGAGGACCCAAGGGAGACCUGGGCAGACCUGGCCCCAAAGGGAUCCCUGGACUGACCGGGCCAGCCGGAGAGCCUGGCAUGCCUGGGAAGGAUGGCCGGGAUGGCGUGCCAGGGUUGGACGGUGAGAAGGGAGAGGCUGGCCGCAACGGAGGCCCAGGAGAGAAGGGGCCCAAUGGGCUGCCGGGCCUCCCGGGACGAGCAGGGUCCAAAGGAGAGAAAGGAGAGCUGGGCAGAGCUGGAGAGCUGGGCGAGGCCGGACCCUCCGGAGAGCCUGGGGUGCCUGGAGAUGUGGGGAUGCCAGGGGAGCGUGGUGAGGCGGGCCACAGGGGCUCUGCGGGUGCUCUUGGCCCACAAGGCCCUCCUGGUGCACCUGGUGUGCGGGGAUUUCAGGGCAGGAAAGGCAGCAUCGGGGACCCCGGUCUGCCAGGCCCCCAGGGCCUCCGAGGUGGCGUGGGUGAGCGGGGCCCUGGAGGAGCAGCAGGCCCCAAGGGAGACCAGGGCAUCGCUGGUGCUGAUGGUCUCCCUGGGGACAAAGGCGAGCUGGGUCCCAGUGGGCCUGUUGGACCCAAGGGAGCGUCUGGUGACAGAGGCGAGCUGGGCCCCAAAGGCAUCCAGGGUCCCAACGGCACAAGCGGUGUUCAGGGGGUCCCUGGCCCCCCAGGCCCUAUGGGCUUCCAGGGGGUCCAGGGCACCCCUGGGAUUACAGGGAGACCAGGUGCCCCAGGGAAAGCAGCCAGUGAGCAGCACAUCCGUGAGCUGUGUGGGGGUGUCAUCAGCGAGCAAAUCGCACAGUUAGCAGCUCACCUGAGGAAGCCUUUGGCGCCGGGUUCCAUCGGGAGGCCCGGCCCGGCUGGCCCCCCGGGACCCCCAGGGCUUCCUGGCUCCAUUGGCCACCCUGGUGCUCGAGGGCCCCCUGGCUACCGAGGGCCCACUGGGGAGUUAGGAGACCCCGGACCGCGAGGAAGCUCAGGUGACAGAGGGGACAAGGGCGCCACCGGCAUCGGCCUGGACGGGCCUGAUGGGGACCAAGGACUCCAAGGUCCACCAGGGGUGCCUGGCACAAGCAAAGACGGUCAGGAUGGCGCCCACGGCGAGCCCGGACCCCCUGGCGACGCUGGCAUUCCCGGCGCCAUUGGGGCUCAGGGCACCCCUGGGAUCUGUGACACGUCAGCCUGCCAAGGAGCUGUGCUGGGUGGGGGCGGAGAGAAGUCAGGCCCCAGAAGCUCAUAAAACUGGGCAGGAGGAGGCCAAACACCACGGACAGCGGGAGCAGUCUACUCAAGACGUCCGGAAAGCCCUCCUGGCCUGGCCUGUCAGUAGGCCUCCUCAAAGGACCAUGUUCAGCUGUUGCCACACGUUGCCCGCCUCUCCGUGUCCUGCAGGGGUGGCCCAUUCACCUGUCAGACCUCAAACACAGGCCCAUGUAAUCAAACGGGAAACCCACCCCAUCGUGGGAGAGGGACCCAGUAUAAUGUGGGAACUUCUGUCCGAUUCCACGAGACCAAAAUAUUCAGCAGCUUUUUUACAGAGUGCUGGGUGAAGAUUACACUAAGAUGCCCAAAAGGUCAUACUUUGCACCUUCACACGGCCGCUAACGGCCCACCCCUUCUCUCCAGAGACAGUGUCCGGCUCACUGCCACGUCAGUGUAGACUCAUGCCUGCCUCUGCCAAACAGUAUUUAUUGGAGGUGACUUUAUAUUGCACUAAGUCUGCUGGUGGUACUGAUUGCGCUAAAUAAAGCCACUCGUUGGAAAACCUCAGUUCCAAA